AUCGCUGAUCAUACAGAGCAUCUACCGCUCGGACUCGAUUCGCUGUAGUUUGUCCCUCCGCGCUUUCCGUCCCGCCAGUUGACAGCUGGGAGCAGAGUACGAACUCCAUGUAUUAAUCUCGCAGAUUAAACUCUGGUGUUUUGUCGUCAUAAUGCACAGAUUAAAAGUCAUUUCGGGCCACUUGUCGUCCUCCGGUUCCCCGAGGUACACGCGGGAUGUACGGCGGACGGAGUGCGGCUCGGCGCCGGGCAGCAGCCCGCAGGACGUGGUGGUGGUUCACGGACCGAGGACCGCCAUCGGGAAAGCGAAGAGAGGGGCGUUCAAGGACACGACGCCUGACGAGCUGCUGAGCGCCGUGAUGCGCGCGGUGCUCGCGGACGUUGGCCUUCCUCCCGACCGGCUGGGAGACGUUUGUGUCGGUAACGUGCUGCAGCCCGGAGCCGGUGCUGUGAUGGCCAGGGUGGCUCACUUCCUCAGCGGGUUUCCGGACACGGUGCCGUGUUACACCGUCAACCGGCAAUGUUCCUCCGGCCUGCAGGCUGUGUUCAACAUCGCAGCCCACAGAGCGGCCCGUGCGCAGAGCUUGGGUCUGUUCGAGCGGGAGAUCGUUCCGGUCACCACGCGGGUCCAGGACGCCGAGGGCAGCGAGCGCGUGGUGACGGUCUCCAGGGACGAGGGGGUCCGGGCGGGGACGACUGUGGCGGGACUGAGCAAGCUGAGGCCGGCCUUCAAACCGGACGGCACCACCACGGCAGGUAACUCCAGCCAGGUGAGCGACGGGGCAGCGGCCGUGCUGAUUGGACGCCGGGCUGCGGUCGAGGCUCUGGGUCUGCCGGUCCUGGGAGUCCUGAGGGCCAGCGCGGUGGUGGGGGUCCCCCCGGACCUGAUGGGGAUCGGACCGGCGGUCGCCAUCCCUGCAGCUCUGGAGCAAGCGGGGCGGAGAAAGCAGAAGGCAACCAAAGAGACGGCGGGCAUGGCGAAGCUCCCGGACCUGAAGGACGCCGAGGCCGUGCAGAAGUUCUUCCUGGAGGAGAUCCAGCUGGGGGAGGAGCUGCUGGCUCAGGGUAACGCCUCCUCGCACCGACACCGGCUGCACCUUCAGUUUGAUUGCCGCCCGCGUGCAUUCUCAUUGGUCCUCAGCGAGUUAAAGUCUCUCCCCUGGGGGAGGGGCUUCCUGUGACGGAGAAGGAACAGACUUGGUCAGGAGCUGGAAUCAGGUUUUUCGGUAGUUUAGCCUGAACUCUCUGCGAAGCUGCUGUCGAGAGCAGAAAAUUCUCCGUGUCCGCAUCUGCUGGCAGUGAGAUGGCGGGGCGUCCCCGAGAUAGAGGUGGAGGGAGGGGUGACGUGUCGACAAACCUGCAAAGUUACCGAAAAGAGCGCUCUCGAAGUAGGAACCGUGAUCGAGAGAAAGAGAUGGCGGCGCCAUCUACAGGACGUGCACGAGGAAGAGCGAGUCGGCAGGUUGAGCGACAUUUGAAUCAAGAGGAGACAGAUUCUUUGGAGGCAGUU